AUGGUGCAAAGGGGAAGGGAAAACCUGGGUUUAAGGAAAAAAAAAGGAUGUGUGGGUGGUAAAGAUAGUAGGGUUAAAGGUGAUAAGGAAGGACCUAAGUGUUGGAACUGUGGGCAAGGUGGACAUAUGAAGAAAUAUUGUCCAAAGAAGGAGGAUGAAGACGAGGGAAAGGUGAAGGGUAAAGGGAAGUGGGAAAGACAAGCUUGGGAAGCAAGAUUGGAAGACUUUGAAAUAGGAGCUAUCGGCAAAGACAAUUCGUCGACACCUUCUUCCAUUCCUGAAUUCCUUGUUGAUAGCGGAUGUACCCACCAUGUCUCCCCUUACAUCCACUUAUUCACCAACCCCAAGAAACUUACCUCACCUGCUCACUUCUCAGUUCCUAACGGUGGUAAAAUCGUCGCCCUCAGCAACAAGGAACUAUCUUUCAGCGUAUACCCUGAUAGAUAA